UGCGCCCCAGCUUUGCGUGCUGAUGGCAGAUGCUUGUCUGCAUCGUCUCCCCAACGCGAAGCGCAUAGUUCAGUAGUACGAUCGUUUGUUUCGUUGCCCCUGCCUGCUGCUCACCGACCAUGGCCGUGAGUGACCACGACCCGAAGGCCCCGUAUUUGUCAUUUUCGAUGUCUUGCAUCUAUCUGCCUCGCCUUUCGCGCGGCUAUUGCGAGUGUGAAAAGUGGUCCCUGCUGGCAACCAUCCAACAUCAAUGCAAUAGUGCCAACCUGUUUCCUGGCACCCGCGAUGCUCUGCAUCCGCCGUGGCGUGGCGUUCUGGGCAACCGUCACCCCCUGCACCCCCCUCAGCGACCGUUUUGUUGGAACACUCUCGCAGCACAUCCAGUCAUCCCUCCACCAACUUUACCUACCAACCUGCACCUAGGACAUCAGAUUUCACUUCCGCAUCCAACCAACACAGGCCUGCCCCCCCCCCAUCUAUGGACCUCCCAUGUGCAACCUUGGCGUUGCUUCGUUGAGCCAUUCGGAAGACGCUGCAUCAAAACAUCGCUAGCUGCAUUGCAGAAGGGACCUUCUGGAAGCCGCGUAUUGGAGGGAGACAGCCGGGUGUGUAACCCGGGGUGCCUUUCUCUGCCGCGACUGCCCCGCUGAGUCGAUAUAUCACAUGGCACAAGAUCGUCAAGUUCAGGACAGCAUCAAAGCCGCGAACCUUGCCGCUGCUGUGCAACGUGUGCCAGGCUUGGUUGUCGGUACCGUCAAAAAAACCCCCCAAAACAAAAAUCUGAAAAUCCGAAAUGUGAGUAA